CGGUGCAUAUAAAUUCAUCAUUUUGAAUUUAAAAAAAUUAAAAAAUUUUUACUUAACGAGUAAAAAAUUUACUACAAAAAAAAAAAAAAAACAUUUUUUUUAAUUAAAUCCAAAAUGAAAUCUAUAAUAUUUGUUGCUCUUGUAUUUGUUAUUGCUAAUAUUGAAGCAUCAUCAUAUGCACCUGCACCGGCUCCAGUUGCAGCAGCAGCACUUUCAUAUGGUUCACCAGGACUUGCACCACCAUGCCCUAAAAGUAUACUGGUUAGUUGUGCACCAUCAGUAAGAGCAGUUCCAUGUGCCGGUGGUGGUAGUGGUUUAGGUUAUGGUGUAGCUUCACAUGGUGCUUACACUGAAAAUACACCACAAUAUGCUUCACCAGUUGAUAAUCAAUAUGCUGCCAGUCAACCGCAACAAUAUGCACAAUAUUCACCAUAUGGUACAUACCAAUAAAAAAUUUAGUUACGAAUUUCAAUUUAUAUAAAUAAAUAGCAUACAAAAUAUUAAUUAAGUUAGAUGUAAAAUUAAGCAAUAAUUUUGUUUUUGUAUUGUGCUGCACUAAUAAGAAAAACAUGAAGAAAAAAAAAGUGAAUGAUUAGAAAAUAAAUGAUUUUUUUCAAAU